AUGGCAGACGAUGGCGAUCCGUGGAACGACAGCUCCGCCGAAGAAACUGUACCUGUGCAGCUUAACUUUGAAGACACGUUUGAUCCUUUUGAUAGAUUGAACACUAUAAACAACACUGCAACAACUUGCAAAGACACGACUAACGCUGCCGACCUGGAAUCAGAGAAGUACUUACUGUCACUGGAAGCAAAGCUGAGAAAACUACAAGGCAAGGCUCAGAGUCCCAAUGCCAAGGAUAUGUUGAAGAUUCUACACAAUGCCAAGGAAGAUCAUCUUGGUCACAUAAUAAAUGAGAAUGCGAGCGUGCAGAGUUAUCCCACGUUGGCGAUAGAUGACGACAAAGUCAAGACACCCUCAGUGAAGAGAAAAGUGUUUCCGGAACAGCCCCUCACGAUGGAAGAAGUCCAGUGUCUAUUGGAACGGGACCACCUUAAUAACGUCACGCAAGGUAUGCACCAUGAGGAUCCCUGCAAAGAUUUAUGAGUUGAGAAAUUAAUAUAUACACAGAUGGUGCUUUUUAUCUGCCAGAAGCAAGUUAGAUAUACAUUUGUUAUUUAUUUUUUUGUUCACUGUGCAAUCAUGUUUGCAAUUGUUAAGCUGUGUACCAGUAGUGGAGUAUCUCUGAAGCACAUAAACUGUCACAUUGAUUAAGUUAUAUACCGAUAGCUUAGUCUUAGCUUUAUUUUGAUGAGUUUUUGUG